AUGGCAGUCACACGGCCGUUUACCCUAUGGACGCAGCCGAACCACCCGGUGCGGCGCUGGAAUCCCCCGCCCCCGAUUGCGGUUUCUUCGGAAGAUUCUCCUCUCAACCCUGGCCCUCCUCCUUCGAAAGAGAAUAUCGGUGUUGCUGCUGUCAUGAACCGCAUGCCCGAGUCCAUGGACAAGCACGUCACCACCAUCUUUGCCGAGUUUUCCCUAUGGGGCAAGACUGCCGUUGUCACGGGCGGUAACCGUGGUCUUGGUCUAGAGAUGGCUCUUGCAUAUGUCGAGGCUGGUGCGCACGUGUAUGUGAUCGACCUUCCUCUCGAGCCCUCGGACGAUUUCAAAAAGGUGGCUGAGCACGCCCAGCUGCUCAACCGUCACCUCGAGUACAUUUCUGCGGAUGCUACGAACGAGGAGGAAAUGAACGAAGCGAUGCGCUUUAUUCCAAAGCACUCGGACACGGGCUCGCUCGACAUUUGCGUUGCCGCCGCGGGUAUUAUGCAGGCUCACCCCGCGCUCGAGUAUCCGAUUGACGAAUUCCGCAAGGUGCUGGAUGUGAAUAUUACUGGUGUCUUUAUUACUGUACAGGCCGCUGCCCGCGUCAUGCACGCCCAGCCCAACGUUUCCGGCUCCAUUAUCUUAAUUGCUAGUAUGUCGGGUACCGUCGUCAACCGCGACCAAAACUGGGUGGCCUACAACACCUCCAAGGCCGGUGUUUUGCAGCUUGGCCGUAAUCUGGCCGCCGAGUUUGGCCCCAAGGAUAUUCGUGUGAACAGCAUCUCGCCUGGCUACAUCCGCACCAAGCUUGUUGCCGACCAGCUCGACGGCGACCCUGGCAUGAUGGGCCGCUGGAGCGACGCCAACCCUCUCGGGCGUAUCGGUCGUCCCCACGAAUUGCGCGGUGUAGCAGUUUGGCUUGCCAGCAAUGCAUCAUCCUUCUGCAACGGCGCCGAUGUCAUUGUUAGCGGUGGCCACACGAUCUGGUAA